AUGACCUUCGAGAUUAUUGUUGAUGAUAGCAAUGGCAAGAUUCUGCCCUUCCAUCGGGUGAUCGUUAGUGUAGCCUCGUUCUCGUUCCUGCUUCCAACAAACCACAAGGAUGUUUUGAUAUUUGAGAAGACUGGUAUAGACAUGCCUGGAGGCGUUGCUCUUCACGCUGAUGAGAAGGAGAUGUCGCGAUGGCUAUGCGGCUGGGUCCCGCUCUGGACAGUACUCGUUGUAAUUUGCAAAUAUGCAUACGCUACCAGUUUCUCACACUAUUCUCCUUCCGUCCUCUUCUUCUCCCAAAUCCACCCACCCAACCCUGACCCCAGAUCAACCAAUUCAGAACCCCCAGCCAUCGUCGCCGCAAUCUCCUUAAUACUCGCAUUACUCAAGACUAACACGCCCGAUACCUCAGUCUUCAACUCCCUCUUCGCCCACCCUCUGAGCUCGAUCGCAACCAACGAGUCCAACCAAAGCGCGUGA